CCGGGACGCCGAUCUUGCCCCGCUGAGCCAGAUGAGAAAACGCUGACCAGAAAGCCUCCCUGCGACAAUCCCACCAACUCACCAACGAUCUACCCUCGCCAUGGCGUCCGAGAAUGCGUCGGCCCCCGCAGGGCACGACAAACCCAUCCUCAUCGUUGUCAUGGGGGUGGCAGCGACAGGGAAGACCACACUCGCACAAGCCCUCUGCGAGAAGCUGCAGCUGCCCUACAUAGAGGGCGACGAGCUCCACCCGAAGGCAAACAUCGACAAGAUGUCGAACGGCCAGCCUCUGACCGACGCGGACCGCGAGCCCUGGCUCGCGCUCCUGCGCACCACCGCGGAGCACAUCGUCGCCGAGGAGGAUCAUAAAGGCAAGCCCCAACUGCACGAGAGCAAGGGGAUCUACGUCCCGUCGUCCGCAAAGCAGGACGACCCGCCAGACGCACCGCGACGACGUACGGGGGCGAUCAUGACGUGCUCUGCGCUCCGGAAGUACUAUCGGGACAUCCUGCGGGGAAAUAUCAGGCCUAACCUCCCCGAGCCGAUGCACGAGCUCGAGCCGCCCCCGCCACCAGAACAUAUGCCGACGUACUUCGUGUUCAUGAAGGGCGAGCGGGAUAUGCUGCUGGAUCGCAUACAGAAGAGGAAGGGGCAUUACAUGAAGGCAAAUAUGGUGGAUAGCCAAUUGGCGACGCUGGAGAGCCCGGAGGCAGAGGAAGGUGUCGUUACGGUGUCCAUGGAGCAGAGUACAGAAGAGCAGACGAAGAUAGUGAUGGACGAGCUGAACAAGCUGACGGGGGGCGUAUAGCGUGGAAUCGAGUAGCAGUAGAUGUAGAAUAGAACCACCAUCCGGUUAUACUAUGCCCUUGAUGGACGGUCCUCAGUGCUAGUCAUGCCGAUAAGCGCAAAAAGACAGAUAGUCAGAGCAAAAGACAUUCUGGUGCUGCAGCUGCAUGCCAGUAGAGU